CUGUUUUCCGACUUUCCCAUGUGAGCAAUUAGUGUCUUAGUGAUACACUUCUAAGAAGAAAAUAGAAGAAUACCGCUAAGCAGCAACAUAAAUUUCAAGUCCGGACGGCUGUGCUAAAGGAAGCUACGUACGAAGACGGAAUCAAAAUAGGUCGGCAGGUAUGAAUUGGUCGACGUUCGUGCUGCUGCUGGCUGCACCAAUCUUGGUCCUUGCCAACCAGCACCACAUCGAUGAGAAACGAAAACAUAGCCAUGGUGCUGCACCAGCUGAGGGGGAGAGCAAUGGAGACGCUGCCCAGGUACCCCACAUCAUCAUGUACGUUAUCGAUGACCUGGGAUGGAACGACGUGAGCUAUAACGGUGCCGAGUUCUCGACGCCCAACAUUGAUUUCCUGGCCAACGCCGGAAUCAAGCUGAACCAAUACUACGUGAACCGCGUGUGCUCGCCAACAAGAUCCUCGUUCAUGGCUGGCCGCUACGCGUACAAUAUGGGCCAAGAUGGCAAUGUCAUCACUAACGGUCAUCCGUACAGCUUGCCUCUGAACCACACAACGCUGGGAGAUAAGAUGAAAGAGGCUGGCUACAGCACCCACGCCAUAGGCAAGUGGGACUUGGGAUACUACAAAUGGGAAGCCACGCCGACUCGCCGUGGCUUUGACACAUUCUACGGAUACUACAACGCUGACGAGGACUACUUCACACAUAAAUGUGGCGCAAUGUAUGUGAAUACAACCACAAAGAAACGAGUGGUGAUGACGGGUGUUGAUUUCAGAAACAACGAGGAUCCGGAGGUCGAUCAGAACGGUGUAUACAGCACUCAUGUUUUUACAGAGCAGGCCGAGGAGCUGAUAAUGGCUCACAACGCAACGAAGGAGCCGUUCUUCCUGUACAUGGCGUAUCAAGCAGUCCACGGCCCGCUGGAAGCACCGCAGAAGUACAUUGACAUGUGCGCGCACAUCAGCCGAAUGGACCGGCGGAUAUUCUGUGGCAUGAUGAUGGCUCUCGACGAGGGGAUCGGCAACAUCACCAAGAGGCUGAAAGCGUCGGGGAUGUGGGAGAACACGCUGAUCGUGUUCACGACAGACAACGGCGGCCAAAACCAUGUCGGCGGAAACAAUUGGCCGCUGCGCGGAAACAAGGCGACCAUGUGGGAAGGAGGCGUACGCGGUAUUGGCUUCGUGUCUGGUGUGGGCGUGAGCAAGCCAUUCGUCUACAACGGAUUGAUGCAUGCAAGCGACUGGCUACCAACGCUUGCUAAGGUUGGAGGUGCAACACCAGCCACAAAGCAAGUCCUUGACGGCGUGAAUGUCUGGCAAGAGCUGAUGGCCAACACGACCUCGCCACGCUCGGAAGUCCUGAUUACACUGAACCCUCCCCGGACGACAAAGCCUGCCCAUCCAAACCAGCAUCAAUUCUUAGGAACUGCUGCUAUUCGCAUGGAGAACUGGAAACUGAUUCUGGGAGAGCCCGACUGUGCAGGUGCCGCUCAGAAUGAGACAACCAACGGCACGCUGUCCAAAUGUCCGAACGGUUGGGUCCACCCCAGCGGAAUAGAGGUACUUCCACCUGCCAACAGUGACAAUGUGUGGCUGUUUGAUCUGGACACCGAUCCUCUGGAGAAGAACGAUGUUCAUGCUCAGCAUCCGGACGUUGUCGAGAAGCUGCGGCAGAGAAUCGAGACGUUUAAUGCCACGCACAUCAACCAGGUUGAACCACCUGUUGAUCCUGCAUCGAAUCCAGCUUUGACUGGGGGUGUUUGGUCACCGUGGAUCAAGGACGAAGAGUUGGCUUAGACGGAUUCCCUCGCAGUUUGCCUGCUAACGUCAGCUGCUUCCUGCCUGUCAGAUAUGAACCGGCAUAACUUAUUUUGUUGAUGAUUGCUUUGGCCACUACCACUGGUAUGCCUUGAAUAGAUGGCCGAAUGCGAAUGAACCGCUGCAGUGCAUUAAUACUGAUGUAUUGUGAUCUACGACCUAAGGUGUUGCGACACUGGCGGUAAUUGUUCUUGUUGCUGUUGUUGUAUACUUUAUUUAUAGUGGGAAUCAAAACAAACACAAGCCUAAUAACAACGGACCCACUCUGAAUUUUGGUUAAGAAACUUUCAAGAAAGUGUCUGCUGCAAACGCUGGAGGUUGUGCUACAUAUUUUAGUGCUCUCGGAGCCGCACUAAAUUCGAGAGAUUUCAUUAGCCUACUCAAGCUCAACUGAUGAGGGGUGAAUUCCCCACUACACUGUAUAUUGUGCAGGGCGUGGUGUUUCCUGGCAGGUGCCGAGUGCAAGGUUCGACGGGCUUCUCGUGUGCUCCAGACGCAGUCGUGAGCCAGUCAAGUCAGUCGGCAGGAAGCGCAAGCUCCGACGUACUAUGAUUAUUAGUGAAAAAUGUGACUCUUA